AUGAGCGCCGGCUGCUCGAGCUUAGCGGAAGGUUCGCUUCUGUUGCUGGAGCAUGUGAACUUGAAUGUUGCGAGCUCCUCCCACGCGAGGUCUUUCUACAUAAGGGGACUCGGAUGCUGCGAGGACCCGUUCCGUGCUGCCAAAUGCAAAUCUCUGCAUUGCAAUGUCGGCGCUCAUUGUCAGUUUCACACGGCUGGGCCUGAGCAUGAGAGUUACAUCGCCGAGGAGGGGUCGCAGAUAUGGCGGGGACACCUUGUUCUUGUCUACAAGACGAACAAAGAGGUUAUUCAAGCUGCAAACCGGUUGAGAGAUCUAGCGUCCACGGACUUGAAGGGAACAGCCAUGACCGUCGAAGAUGAAGAUGGCGUCCUGCGCGUUACGUGUCCCUUUGGAAACAAAUUUAUUCUCAGAGAAGCGACAAGACAUGAGGCCGAGGGCUUGGACGAGAAGAACGGGAGGAGGAAAGGUUCGGAGGGAUCGGAGCCUCUUGGGAUCGCAUCAGUCGUGCUCCCCUGUCCUGAUGGAGCGGCAAAGGAGGUUGCGGACUUCUACAAGUCCUACCUCAACAUGAAGACAAGAGUGGAAGGACGGAAAGCCAUCAUCGAAGGAGGACUUGCAGGUUGCCAGACCAUGGAGUAUCAUGAAACGCAGGAGAUGCCGGCGUACACAGGAGAUCACAUGUGUAUGUACAUCUCAGACUUCGAGAGCGUGUUCAACAAGUGUCUUGAUGCUGGACUCGUGUGGGUGAACCCAAGGUUCGUGCACCUGGACGAGACGCGAUCAUGGGAGGACGCGCUCAAGUACAAGCAAUUCCGCUUCAAAAGUAUCCUCGGGCAGGAUGGGAGAGUGAUCAUGGAGCAGGAGCAUGAGGUUCGCAUGGUAGAGCAUCCAAGUUUUCCGCUUGGCACAUGUGCGGAGAAGCCUUGA